GGACGACGUGGAGGUAUCGACUCUCGAGGGCGACGUCGCGCCUUUCGAAAAGUGGAGUUUCGUGUUUUCAUGCAAGAGUUGAAUCGCCAAACUAACGGUUUCUAACAAAAAGAUCACCGAAAGAGAAAGUGAUCACCAUGAUGCCGCCAUCAUCAGAGCAUCAUUUGCAGCGACCAUGUGGAGGGUGACAAGGUUUAGAAACACACAUGCUUUCUUCUUGACACUGGUGUUGUUGGUAGCAACGAGCAGAGCUGCCACAAGCAGUAAGGCACUUCACAAAAAGGGAGACCCCUACCUGUUGAAAGAGAGAAUCGAACCGGUAGUACCACCACCGCAGGAUGGCAUCAGUUUCAGCGGAGCAGUCGAAAUCCUUGGGGAUACCACCUACAGCAUCAUUGGAGGCAUUCCUGUGAACGAUCCGCAACAAUUUCCAUACUUUGCUUUCUGGAGUGUUGGUUGCGGCGCUUCGCUGAUUGCCCCUGACAUGUUGCUGACGGCGGCCCACUGCCAGGAAGGUUACGAAGACCCGAUCUCAGGCCGUCUAGUGUAUCUGGGAUCGACAGGUCUGAAACAAGGCAUUAAAAGAAGAGUUGUCGAGAUGCUGGUGCAUCCGUCGUAUUCAACACCUACAAGUCUUGCUUACGACAUGAUGCUACUCAAACUAAACGCUUCUGCUACGCAUUACUGGAUCCACAACGAGGCUGGAGAAGGAUGGAGCAGAUUAUCCAACCGGCUGUCUCUCGCUCCUUUGAACCCAAACUAUGUGCGGCCUCAGUCCGGAGACGAGUUGAUGGUGGUAGGCUUUGGUAGCACCUCAAACACAGGGAAUCUUGUUCCACACUUGCAACACGCCAAUGUUACCAAGCUUGAUGACAAGGCAUGUGCAGAUGCUUAUGGAGGUGCAUACCAUCAACCCUCCAUGAUCUGUGCAGGCAACGUAGGAAGGGAUUCUUGUCAAGGUGACAGCGGAGGUCCUAUAGUGAACAACGAUGGCGUUCAGGUUGGAAUUGUGAGUUGGGGUAUAGGCUGUGCUCAGCCAGACAACCCGGGAGUGUACUCCCGUAUAAGUGCCGCCAGAUGGUGGAUCAAUGAUAUUGUUUGCCGUAAAAGUUGUUACCCUCCGACCUGGUGCGACGUAUCCAUCCGGCAUCAAUGCUCCUUCGCUUCGAAAACGCCGAGAGCGCCACCGUCUGGUCCUUUAAGCUUGACAAUCACAUUGACAACUGAUUACUAUCCACAAGAAGUGGGAGCCAUUCUUCGACACAUGGAAAGCGAUUACGAAUACUUGUUUCAAGGCUACAAUUCUCAACCAUUCGUACGAGAUGGACGUCUCGUCUUUGAACACAAUCUUACCCACUUGCCACCAGGAGAGAUUUACUUCGGAGUCUUCGACCAAGGCAGCGACGGACUCUGCUGUUCAUGGGGCGCUGGAAACAUUCAAGUAACCGAUGCCAACAACGGCGAGGUGAUCCUGAAAAGCGACGGCAACUACCGCAGCAGAACAGAAUGGAUUAUGAAAAUCGACGAGCAUGGACAAGUGGUGUCUAUUGAUCACACCUCUAGGGGCAGUGAAAGCGAAGAGCCCGAAAUUGUGGACAACGGCUGGCCCUUCAAUCCAGAAACAGACGAUCCCAACUUUCCUGGCGCUUAUGCCCGCACUGAUUCCGAGCUUGUUAUCAAUGUUCGAUAUGAUCUUUACCCCGAGGAAACGACGGUUCAAUGGCAGGAGCUUUCUCUUGACGGCAGCGUCCUCGCCAUUGAUGCUUGGGAAACAGUCGACGUUCGCAGCAGUAGUACUGGCGCCUCCUUACUGGACCAGGAGAUCACUUCCUACACACAGCAGACGAACGCGAGUUCACUCUAUCGGCUUCGAAUUACGGACACCUUGCAUGAUGGGACUUGCUGCUUCUUCGGCAACGGAUACUCCACCAUCACAGAUACCUCUGCUGUACUUUGGCAUGGUCGGGGCGACUUUGGGGUCAUGCAAGAAGCUUACGUUUUCGUAAACGAGCAGGGGAUGGCCAAAUCGGUAGUGCCGGUGCAUAUUCCCGGAGUGGGUGAUCUCGUCGUUCUUGAGCGUGAUAGUGACGAAAGCUCAGGUGGGUCCGCAACAGCAAUACUGGUGAACCAAGAAGCAUGAGAAGCUUUGCAUUGCUAUUGAUGUAUGUCGACAAACUCAUGAGUGACGAGUCGUGAUGCUGUCGAGGUCCGGGCAACCGCGGGGAAGUUUCAUUGGGAAGGCACAUAGACUUACUAACAUGUUGUAGAGGGGCAGCUGCUAUGGCUUCAUGACUUCGACCGAUCUGGCUGUGCCUACUUCGAAUUAGUCGUAAGCCGUCGCGUGAGAUGAAGAUCAGGAUUUGCAUCGAUGAACUAUGGAGUGGUCGUCCUUGG